AUGUCUUCUUACACGUCGGAGUAUCCUGCCGACGACGAGUUCGAUCCGGCAUACAAAGCUUUCUUCGAGAGCUUUUAUGAGACGUCCGACACCCCCGACGCCCAUGAGAGAUACUCUAAACAGUUUACGCAAGAUGCCACGUUGAUCAUGGCUUCAAAGAAAGUCCAAGGUCGCGAAGAAAUCCUAUCCCUGCGUAAAGGAAUGUGGGAGAAGGUAAAUAAGAGGAAGCAUACCGCUGUCAAGGUUUUUCCAUUUGGACCCAGCUCGAACGAGGUCAUGCUGUAUGGCAUAGUCGAAUACGUGUUGAAAGAUGGUAGAGAAGCCUCCGUCGACUGGGCUGCUCGAGCCAACUUAGUCAAGGAGGACGGUACAGUGAUGAUGAACUUCUACCAGGUAUAUUUGGAUACUGCUGCUCAAACCCCUAGCAAGUAG